AGUAGUGCUGCAAAUAACAAAAGUAAAAAGAUGCGCGCCUUGUUCAAUCUCUAUUGAAGCAUGGCGCGUAACAAAUACAGCAAAAUGAGGUGCCUCGUGACGGUGUUCCUCGGACUUGCGUCGUGGUUCCUUCCGACAGUAUCCGCAGCUUCCUUGCCCAUAGCUGCGAAGCCCACAACUUCUGGAAGAUUCAUGUUACCCGCAGGCGCAGUGGCGACAGAUGAUGAGGGGAUAGUACUCCACGACCCGCCGCUGCAUUCUGAUGCUGUUUUGGCACAGCAAGAACAGCCUGGGUUUCUCGAGGAAAGAAACGAUGGCGCGACUUCAUCCGCUUCCCGGCAAAGCAGCCCCCCAUUUGAGAAGCAAACCAGCCCAGGAGCGCAGUCUACCGCAUACGAUACUUGUGCUGACACGUGCAGGUCCUCUGCGUCAGCCCCUGCUUCACCACCCUCGUCUUCCCGCCCCUCGACCACUUCCUCCGCCGCAGGUGGGUCGUCCCCCUUUUCUCCGGCGGAUUCUAUGCCCUCGACCAGCGAAAUUGCCCCUUUAACCGGGAUCUAUCAAAUGCAAAAAUGUCUGGGUCUGGAAACUUGUGAUGCUGGGUGGCGUCUCAUGAUGAGGCUACAAAUGCUGGCUCAGCAUGACAAGUUUCUGAGCUCCUAGGUGUUGCCUAUUCUGCAUGACAAACUGCGCUUCUGCAUCACAGAAAAGCGGAGCUCUUGGGUAACGUGCAUGACAGAUUUAAGAGUCAUGCCAGACAAGCAUGACAAACAUGAAUUCUUCCACAGACCCAGACAUUUUUACAGUUGAUAGGAUCUCCCUCGUGACAAUCGGCGGGGACAAAAUUCUGGAGAACUUAACCAUCCGGCUGGACCGAGUGUUUUCCAAGGACUACCAAUCCCGGCGGGGGCGGAGCAGCAGGGGAUCUUUCUUUUUCGGAGGAAGCGGCGCUGAAGAAAUUGAAAGCCAUGAUGUGUAUAGCGGUCCUAGCAGGGAUGUCGUACAGGGUCUGCUAGACACAAGUCGAGCGGGCACGACUGCAGAUCAUGGGCCACAUGCAGCGAGCAACUGCUACAACGCCUUUGUGCAGUUUUUGAAUCAAGAAAUCUACUUCUCGAAGGCAGAAUUUUUGGAAAAUAAGACAAAGAACAGCAAUCUUCCGGGAGAAAAAAAUGGAGCUGCGAACAAAAAGAACAAACAUAAAGGACAGUCUGCUCCUACAACAGUGACUAUCGAAUUAGACUCUCUCCUCGAUCCGGUCUACGAUGUGAUUCUCACUCCUGGAGGCGUAAAUCUCGCUAAACUCUGGUCUGACCACGCAAUGAUUCCCGAAGACGCCGAUCCGAGGUUGUUGUUUCAUCUCGACGAGUUCUUGUUUAGAACAGGCCCAAAAGGUCGUGGUGGAAUGCCGGUUUUAUCGGACAACAGUGCUUUAACCCUGAUCCGGAAACCGAAGACAUUACAGAAUCUCUUAACCUCCGACUACAUGAAUGGAAGAAAUGGUAUCCCACGAAAAAACUGUUUCACUGUGAUGGCUUUGCAAGAUUUGCAUCACAAGUUUGUUACACAUGACAAAGAAAACUUGGCAUGCGUGCUUCCUAAGGGAAAACACAGCUAAAAUUCCAAUGUGUAGCAAGACAAACACACUUGCGUUCCGUUCUAUGCAUCACAAGUUUACAGUGAAACAGUUUUUUCUUGCGAUAAGUGGGCCGCUGUACUUGCUGAAGAAGCAGCUCUACUACAGCGAGUUUUUGAAAAUUCCCUCUGAAGUAUGAGAGUGCACAACCCCCUCCUCCUCAUUUGAAUGGCAUGAGCAGCAACACAAGCAACGCCAGAUAUGUGGCUUCCGCAUGACAAAUUUGGACUCGGAUUGUAGUACUGUUUGAGGCUCCAAAAUUUGUCACGCAAACUGUGCUCAGAAGCAAGAUGCGAAUUUAGUACUUUGCAUUACAAAUGAGGGGGGGGGAGUUGUGCACUCUCAUGUGAAGCCGAGCCGGUGCAGGAGAUUGACGCCGUACGCGACCCAGAAAUGCGGGCGACCGCGAAACUUGUGGGGUUGAAAAUGCUGGACGUUUUGGUGAAGCAGGAAAUUGUGGAGGAAUUGAAAAGGACAACGAGAACUUCUGGUGCAGCUGCUGCGCGGACAGGUACUAGUAGUGGCUCAUCUUCGUCUUCCUUGAUGUCUCCUGCACCACAAGAAGAACAACCAGCACCAUCUCCCCCAGUUGCCCUCCUCGACCCGCUCCCGCAAACCGAAGGGUUGAAGCUCGACAUUUUGCGGUCCGCGAGGAUCGAGCAGCCGUUUUCGCGCCCGCAUGCCACGUUACUGGAUCCGGUGACCGAUUUCGAAGAAAUGCUGCAGCGGAAUGUGAUCGUGAAAAAGAACGCCGAAAACCUCGCUUUGCAACCGGAGCUAGUGGACAGCACGGUGGAACGGCCGAGGUGCUGGACGAGAAAUUGUUUUCAACUUGUGAUGAACGAUUAUAGGGGAGAUGAGCAAGACGGAGGACAACUACACGAAGAUCUUCACCUUCACGGGAAUGAUUAUCACGAUCAUGAUGACAUCGUCGACCACGACGGGAACGAAACCCAAUUUCCCGCUGAGCAUCAAGGAGCUGAAAUUAUUGCCCAGCACUCGGAAGAUGUCGCGGAUCAGCCAAUGGAUGCCCUUCCUGGUAUAGUUCGGGAAGAUGCGGAGCGGCCAGACGCUGCUCAGCAAGAAGCUGGAGCUGUACCAGGAGACCCGACGCUACAUCUACAGCUGCAUCAUCAAAUUGCUGCUGUCCCCUACCCCGCUGUUUACCGUCCAGUUGCGGUUGCGCGCCAACAUCCCGCGGCUCUGAACGGAGACGUCCUCGAGGCCCAGGAUGUUGUGAUGCAGCAAGGCGAUGAUCUUGAUCCUCACCCGGCACAAGAAGUGCAAAUGGAGGUGGUGGAGCUGCAACAGGAGGAGCAGCAUGAUCCUGAUGUACAACGUCCACAGCCGGAGCAACAGGUGUUCCUCCAACAUCACCAAAUCCAUGAGCAAGAAUGGCAUUACGACGCUCGUCGGGAAGAAGCCCAGUCCGUCCUCGCCGUCGACUUCGCAGCCCUGGAACUUGAACUAGCCGCGCACGAAAUUAACAGGAAAAAAUCCCUCGCGAGCCACAGAUUCACCGCAGAGACCCUGCUGCGUUUGUUGGACGCGCAGCAAGAGGCGACGUGUGGGAUUAGGUGUUUGAAUCAUGUUGCCUCUGGAUCAACAACUACAUCGGGAACGACGACCAAAUUGGUGCAUACGUACCGUGCGAAUAAACCUGAAGAACAAGGACCAGUUUCGACGGAUGGCGCAGUAGCAGGAGCCACAACAGGAGCACCACGAUUGCAAUUGCUGGUGAAAAAAGCUCCUUCUGACCAGGAUGAUCCUGAAAUAGCGGGAAGCAAUGCAAAACCAAGUAGCAGCUCCGCGUCGUCCGGUCGUGCAGCAGUUCUUCCUCGUCAUCUUCGCGAGGACUAUCACAUCGAGAUCUUUACCAAGCGGUCAGAUCUGAAUGAAGACCAGCCCUACGUAUGGCUUUCGGUGGCCUUCUACCCGGCGAGACAACGACCGCGACGACAUCAAUAUCAAAUGUAAAAAUGUCUGGGUCUGGAAACUUGUGAUGCUGGGUGGCGUCGCAUGAUGAGGCCACAAAUGCUGGCUCAGCAUGACAAGUUUCUGAGCUUCUAGGUGUUGCCUAUUCUGCAUGACAGACUGCGUUUCUGCAUCACAGAAAAAUGGGUCUCUUGGGUGACGUGCAUGACAGAUUUAAGAUUCAGUCAUGCCAGACAAGCAUGACAAACAUGCAUUCUUCCAGACCCAGACACUUUUACAUUUGAUAAUCAAGGGGCUAGUACAACUUCAUCAAAAUUUAGAUCUACAACCAUAGGCGAAGAUGAAGAUGAUGUUGGUAUUUCAGAACUAGUACACCAAGAUGAACAACUACCUCCGACCGGCGCCAACCUCCUAGAGGAAGAGAAAAGGAGAAAACUGCUGCAGCGGGUCGACUUGCGGUUCGAGUUAGAGACGAGUGUUGGUGGUGAAGCUUCGUCAAAUAAUCCGCCACAACCAAAUUUUUAUUACGAAAUGUACAAUUACGACUUCGAUGACGACGGGUACUACCAGGAACAUCUUGUCCAGCAGAACAAUGGCCAGCACAUGCAGCACAACACUUUCGGUCACAUGCAGUUCAUAUGGAUUGUAAAAAUGUCUGGGUCUGGAAGAUUGAAACUUGUCAUGCUGAUUUUGCACUCUAAAAAAAUUUGUAUUGCAUGACCAGAAAGAGGGGUCCGGUUUGUGCUACACGGACAGGGCAUUUCUCAUGCGAAAGGUGCAUCAGGAAGGGUUCUAAAAAUCUGCAAUGCUAGGGCAUACAUCACAGACUAUCAUGGGUCAUGAGAAAUAUGCAUGACAAAUCUUGCAUUCUUCCAGACCCAGACACUUUUACAGUUGAUAGUUCAAGAAGCCACUAAACAGACCGCCGUACGGCUUACGCGGCGUCGUGCAAUCAGAAGAACACACAGGAAUAGUCACCAUGGUACGCAACACAAAGUCCGAGGACGUGUUGCUCCGGGAUGUUUCUGUCUUCUUUUCCGCGGUGGUGCUGAAUAACAAUUGGGUCCCGAAGCACGUGACGCUCGAUCGGGAGUGGCAUUUGUUCUACGAGCAUCAAUACCAAAUGCAAAUAUGUCUGGAUCUCGAAAGAACUUGUAAUGCUAGGCCGUGAAAAAUGAAUGCUCUGUAAUGCGCAGCGAAGCAUGAGAAAUAGUUGCGCAGCUACGUAUUGCCCAUCCCGCAUGACAAACUGGUUUUUGGAUGACAAACAAAAGGACCUCGUCGUCGUGGACACGCAUCACAAGCUCUACAGUCAUGUCAGACAAGCAUGACAAACUGGUAUUGUUCCAGACCCUGACUACAUAUUUGCUAUGCAUAAUCAAAUUGGAGCGGAGAAACAGGACAGCGACAGUGAGGACGCAGAAGACGAUAGUUUGCUGGACUGGGUUGGCACCGGGGGAAAUUGUUCAUCACACGGAGCUAGUACAUCACACAUGCAAGGUCAUCUACUUGAGGUUGCUCCACCACGACCUGGAAGUGGUGUGAAUAGUACAGGAGGUUUAUUUCUCGCACCUAGUUCAUCAUCAACACACGGUGUAGUCGAUAUGAUUACGGAACAAGUCGAACUUGAUGAAAAAGCAAUAUCCGCGAAGAAGAACUUCUCCCCCCAAGUUCACGCCCGGUGCGUUGCCGCUCACAUGAGAGCGGUCACUUUACCGCCACCGGAUGCGGCCUUGCGGGUUGGAGGUGCAGGGCGGGACGUCGGGCACAGGUUUUUGGUGCCUGGGCCGGGAACCAUGCGAGCAGGGGACAUUGCGGUGUACUGGUGAGAAGGUAUGGACAAUGGUGAUGCUCAUAUCUGAUGUAGUUUCUGGGCUGCACCAAGUUACGUCUUCAACAAAAUUAUUCCGAGAAUAUAGAAGCUCGAGUUGUUUCAAUUUUGUUUCCCUCAGUCACUCCUGUAAGUCGAUCUGUCGCUGGUCAAAUACAGCUGCAAGAAAGGUCAUGCGACUCGGCACUGGCGGGUCGGGCUUGGUGGGGUUGCGUUUUCCUUUUUAUCAUUUCUCGCAUGUCAUGAUAGCGACAUUCUGAAAUUUUGGCUGUUGAAAUAUUUUUGCUAUGAGCAGAACACAAAUCAACCUUGUCAAACUAACAUCGUGGUCCCUCGUUGUUUCGAAGAGAUCAUUUUGUGCCACUGAUAAUUUUCAUUCUAUCGAGGCGGAAAUCGAAAACGGCCGUCGGCCUGCCACCGAGGCGACUGCGGAAGACAGUUGUACUAGACUUGGUGCACGAUAGGCUCUACUUUGUAGCACACCCGGUUUAUUAAGUACUUCUGCAUGUUGACCUGGACACCGCCACACGCAAAUCAUAGCGAGGAUCGGCGUUACUGCAAAAACAAUGCCUCGGAGGAGUAUCUUCUUUUGGUCUUCGCAAGCAAACAACUUAGGUUCAUAGACGCUGAAAAUUAUGCUG